AUGGGCAACUCACAGAAUUCGAAGCAGCAGCGGUUCCAUGGCGGCGGGCAAGCGACAGGAUACCGAAGGGAGACGGAACGGCCAGCUAACGUGCCCGCCGCUCCUCCGAACGUUCCCAUCCAACAAGUUCCGAUAAGACAGGUUCCGCCGAGCAGAGUAGUAGAGAAGCCGCCGAGAUUCACAGGAGGAGGAGUCGCGCUGGGGACCAGAGCGACUAACGAUGAGCAGAAGGCAAUCAAUGCUGCGAUAGUGGAAGCUCAGAUCAAGGAGGUGGAGGCCUUGCUUGCUUUAGUCGCAGACGCUCCAGUCGAGGUGCUGGAACCCGCUCUCGAUCUGCUUUACAAGAUCUGUUCGGCCAUCGUUGAGAAGCCAAACGAGGCCAAAGUGCGAAAGAUCCGAUGGAACAACGAGAAAGUUCAGAAACAUCUCGGGGGGGUGCCGAUCGCCAUGGACUUUCUAAUCGCUUCUGGUUUCUCCAUCAAGAAGAUGCCGGCGGAAAAAUCUCCGAGCGAGUUGGAGGAGGUCAUCUUGUUUGAGGAGACAGCGUCCCUGAGGCUGCUGGAUGAGGUAGGAGGCGGCAAGCAUGUGCUGCAGGAGGAGGUUGAAGGACGUGUGGAGGUGCGGAAGAGACUCAAGAAGGCCGUCGAUGCCUGUCGGGAGAGGAGGAUGUCCAUGCCGAACCCGAUCCCUUCAGAGAGCUUCGGCUCUGAGUCUUUCUUGAGCGAUUCCUCCAGCAGUCUGCCAGUGUCUGUUGGCGAAGACGCUGGCCCGGAAGUUCAAGUUCCUCUGCAAGAAGCCGCCGGAGCGAAGAUGGAGGAGGACACCAAGGAGGUCUCGUCCGGGCGAGACGUCCAGAGUCUGAGCGAUCGGCUGACUUGCAUCUACUUGACCGUCCAAGGAGCUAACCCGGAGGAACUCCUUCCUGCUCUGGAGAUGAUGGUGAAGAUAUGCUCGGGUAUCCUUGACCAGCCGGGGAAUGACAAGGUCAGGAGGAUCAACUGCAAGAGCGCAUCCUUCCAGAAGAUCGCCAAGUUUCACUCCCUUUCUCUCAUGCUGGAGGCCGUUGGGUUCGAAUCUAUCUCUGACAACGGCGAGGAACUGAAGAGCAUCCUCCUCCGCGAGCUCCAGACCCUCCGGUCGCCUUCCACGGCUGAAGCGCCCAAGGCCAGGAGAAUCGAUAGGUGA